AUGACUCUUGUUCGGUCCAACUCGGAGUGUGUUUUUGCGUCACAGCACAUCCAGCUGAUCCCUCCCUCUAAAACCACUCAGAGGAACCAGCCUGGACCUGAACCUGGACCUGGACCUGGACCCAGACCAAAACCUAUACCUAGACUCAUAUAUGGACCUGGACAUGAAGUUAGACCUAAAGGUGAACCUGAACCCAGCUGUGUGUCCAUGAACAGCGACCAGUCAAGAGACUAUUUAAUUGAUUUCCAACAAAAUCAUGGAUCUGUCAAACAGAUCGCUCAAAGGCUAGAAUGUGGACCUGGACCUGGAUCUGGACUUGGACCAAGACCCGCACUUAAACCUAAGCCUAGACUCAUAUCUGGACCUACACCUGGACCUCAACCCAGUUGUGUCUCCAUGAACCGCGACCUAUCAAAAGGAUGUCUAAUCGAUUUCCAUCAAAGUCGUGGAUCUAUCAGACAGUAA